AUGAGCGAUAGAGGAGUUCACUCUCGCUUCGUUCAUAUCAAAAGUACUAAGUCUAGUGCCAAAAAUCCACCAUUUGAGAUAGGACCAGUCCGAUCAAACAAUUCUUCAACAAAAUCGAGAAGUUCUACAAAAUCAAAGGAAAGAGCCUCGUCAUCUGCCUCUAAAACUUCCGAUAAUACAAAGACAGCGCGUGAAAGGAAGCAGGAAACCGUGAAUAAAAAGUUCGAAAACUAUUUGGAAGAGAAAUCUAAAAAGGAACCAACAAUUUCUCUUUCAAACAGGCCAAAAUGGGGUCAAGCUCCAAAGAAAACAACACAAAGAGAAGAUAGAACAGCUUCUGCUCGUAGAACAACCUCAAAUUCAGUCUCGACAACAAGAAAUACAACUGCUGCUUCAACAAGAAAUUCAUCUGUUAAGCCAACACCAGUAUCAAAUAUCCGUAAUAUUCCAACACUUUCCACAUCAUCAGAAGAUGAAUCUUCGAUGCCAUCUUUCAAUAUUUCCGUUUCUUCACGUUCUGAUGCUUUCUCUGCUAAUAAAUAUACUCCAAGAACAACAACCAAGCUGUACAAUGAAGCAUUAGAUUCCACAGAAGAAUCUGAGCUACAUCAUGAAAUUAAGAACCCAUUCAUCGUUCCUGGCAUUACAACCAAGAAGAAAUCACCAAUUAAAAACAUUUCUUCUGCAAUUGAAACGUCUUCUUCGAUUUCAAUCCCACAACCAUACGAAUCUUCAAUCAACAGAUCUGUAGAAAAACCAAAUAGACAGAUGGAGAUAAAUAAGAAGCUUUUGGAUGAUAUCGAUAACUCAGAUUCAGAUUCGAACGAAUUUCUUAAAUUCCUUAACAAGAAACCGGCAACAUCACCAAAACAAGACACAAUUCCAAAUACAGAAAUGCUUACAAAGCAAAAGAAGCCAUUAAAACUCAAAAUCAGCGAUCCAAGUUAUUAUUUCGCUUCAGAUGCUUUGACAGAUGAAAUUGAGAAGUUAACUAAGCUUGUUAAUGACCUUCAGCACAUUAUUGAGGAAGAAAAGAAUAAGAAUAACGAUGAAAUCUUAUUCAAGCAAAAUAAUGUUUCUCCAAAGAAGUCUAGCCCAGCCGCUAAGCAUUAUACUGCUCCAAUAUUAGACUCCGACUCAUCAGAAGAGGAAGAAGACUCAAAUGAAGAGCCAAUAAUUCCAUUGAAAUCUUCUACAGCUUCCAAGUCAUCACAGAAGAAGGCUUCACCAGCUAAAUCACCAGUUAAACCAGUAUCACCACAGAAGAUGUCAUCAACUGCUUCAGAAAAGAACAAAUCUGGAAAAAGUUCUCCAGAAAAGAAGCAGAGUCCAGCCAAAUCCCAAGAAAUCACGAAACCAACAUAUACCAAUCCGAAAUCCCCAAGUAUCAAGCAUCCAUCAGAUAUUUACAUGGAUGAUUCCGAAGAUUCUUCAUCCGAAGAGGAAGAAGAAGCACCACAACCAAAGAAACCAAUUCAGACAACACCAACGAAGAAGGAUUCCAGCAAGGAUCUCCUUGAAUCCAUCAAAGAACACCUCCAAAGGAACAGUUUCAGUCCACUUUCAGUUAAAAAGGUAGAAGAGGAAGAAGAUACAGAUGACGAUGACUCAAAGAAGGACGAGGAAUCUUCUGAUGAUGUCUCUGAUCCACGCGAACACUUUGCACACAAACAAUUGAGUUUGUCUCCAGAAAAACCAAAGAAUUUUUCAAGCGAAGAAGAUUCAACGGAAGAAGAGUCCGAUGAUGAGUUUUUCGUUGAGGAAAAGGCCCCAGACGUAAAGAUAACACGCUCUCCUCCAAGAUCUCCACCUCAGAAACCAGCUUCUCAGAAGAGUUCUCCACAAAGAAAGCCAAUUCCUUCAAAGAUUUUGGAUUCUGAUGAAAGCGAAGAAGAAGAAGAUAAAAGUGACAAAGGUGAAGUUCCCCGGCCAAUUAUCUCCUCAAAACCAGCCUCUCCUCUUUCCAAGCGAGAACAAAACAGACCAGAGGAAUUAAUGCUCAAACCAAAGUCUCCUGAGAGAAUUAAACCAACAGAAGAUGAUUCCGAUGAAUCUGAUGAAGAGUUUUACAACAACAUCAAGAAAUCUCUUCUCAACAAGCCACAAAACAACAAGAAAGUAGCCGAUUCAGAUGAAAGUGAAGAAGAAGAAGAGGAGAGUACACAAGAUUUCCAUGAAGAAGUUCCAACACCUGUUCUUUCUCCACAAGUUUUACAAAGAAAUCCUUUCUCUGCAAAAGCUCCACAAACAAAGAAGAAAUCCAUCUUUGAUUUCGAAGAAUCAGAAGAUUCUGAUGAAGAACAGAAAGAAUCAGAUGAAAGCAGUGAAGAGCCAAAGAUAGAGAAGCCAAUUCCAAUUCCAUCUCCAAGACAAUCACCUCAGAAACAACAAAUUAAUGAUGACGAAGAUGAUGACACUCCAAGAAUGUUAAGUCCAAAGAGAGGAGUUUUCGGAACAAGUUCAUCAGAAGAUAUAACACUUCCUGAACCUAAACAAGUUCCUUUAUCUUUGUUACACUCAAAAGAUUCAGAUAGUUCUGAUUCCGAUGAAUUACAAAAGCCAAAAGUUUCUUCUCCAUCAAGGUCAUUCAAUACAUCACAAAAAGUGACAUCUCCUAAAUUCACAGCAUCAAAGUAUCAUGAUUCCGAUGAAUCCGAGGAAGAAGAUGAAGAAGAAAAGCCAAAAGUUUCUUCUCCAUCAAGGUCAUUCAAUACAUCACAAAAAGUGACAUCUCCUAAAUUCACAGCAUCAAAGUAUCAUGAUUCCGAUGAAUCCGAGGAAGAAGAUGAAGAAGAAAAGCCAAAUCCUGUUUCAUCAAACUCCUUCAAAGUAUCUCCAAAAAUAACAUCUAAUUAUUAUGAUUCAAUUGAAGAAGAAAAACCAAAAGUUUCUUCUCCAUCAAAGUCAUUCAAUACAUCACAAAAAGUGACAACUUCACCAAAGAUUUCACCAAAGAUAUCUGCAACAACACAGAAGAUCUAUGAUGAAGAUGAAGAUGAAGAGGAUUCAGAUGAUGAAGAAAUCAACAGAAUCAUUUCAACAAAAUUGAAUUAUUCAAAGCAAAAUGAUAAAGAAGAUUCAGAUGACCAAAAUUAUAAGAAGACAACAUCUCCAAAGCCAGUUUCUUCACCAAAAGUCUCACCAAAGUUACAAGAUUCAGAUGAUUCAGAAGAAGAAAAACCAAAAGUUUCUCCAAAGUCAUCGAAUUCUCCACAAAAAGUUUCUCCAUCAAAAACAGUUUUUCCAGAUUACAGAGCUGAAAUGAUGAAGAUUUUAGAGGAAGAAGAUACAGACGAAGACACAGAAGAGGAAGAAGAAAACUACAAACCAUACAAAGCAACACCAAGACCUCCACCACGUCCAGUCAAAAACUUCAUCAUUGAUUCCGAUGAAAGUGAAGAAGAAGAUCAAGAACAAGGAAAUCCAAGUCCACAGAGAUUCCAAAUCAGAACAGAACAAUCCAGUGAUUCCAAUGAAGCUGUCGAAUACUCAGCGCCUCCAAUGAAAGUCAGCGCUGUAAUCAAACACUCGCCAAGAAAAGAAUCAGCUCCGAUGCCUCAACAUAAAAAACAACUUCAGUUCACUUCAUCUGAAAUUCCGAAACCAUCUGGACAGAUGUCACCAAUGAGACAGAACAAACCAGUGUUAAAUGACUCUGAUGAUGAAGAUGACAUCGAUAAGACAAAGAAGAAAUUGCUGGAUUUGAAUUUAGGACUCGAUUCAGAUGAUUCAAAAAUUGAAGAAGAAGAGGAAGAAGAAAAAGCCGAAAACGUUCAAAAAGUGACAUACACAUCAAAGAGAAAUCCAAACUCCAGUUUACCUCGUAAUUAUGGCGACGAGGACAAUGAGUUGCAACCAAUCAAGAAACAAGUAAAUCACAAUACAAACGAUGAAGAAGAAACUUCUGAUGAUGACAUUGAUCAAUACUUAGUUACACCAGCAAAUCAAACUUAUUCGAUGAAGAGUGUUGUACAGAACCUUCCUGAUGACUCUGAUUCGGAAGAAGAAGAGGAGGAAGACGUAGUUGAGGAAAUCAAACCAAAGAUUUCUGUAAAUAUACAUCAAAAGCCUCCUCCAGAGCAGGAUGACGAAGAUGAUGAUAUGGAUAGCGAUCCAAAACCAACUAGAAAGUCUCCGCCAAAGUUGAUUCCGAAAUCUGAAUCUGAUGAAGAAGAUGAGUACGAAAACAAGAAUACGUCAAAGAAAUUGAAUCAAGAUUUCAUUGAGAAAUUGAAGAAGUUUGGAAUCCAAUACAACCUUAGCGAAGAUAGUGAUGAUGAUAUAUAA